AUGCCGAAGCAGUUCACGAUCGUCUACAUCCCCGCGGAAGAGGGCACCGAGCUGGAAGAAUGGCGGCUUGACUUGCCGCAGGACGUAGAUGGUCAGAUUGCAUGCCUGACGGAACGUUUGCGAGCCCACUUCAAGAGCAAAACUGGUGCGGCGAGCUCGGAAGAACAGAAGGAUGCAUUUCGUCAGCAGAUCCUCAAGCAGCUUCCAAAAGACGCCACCGUCAACGAUCAAAUGAUGGCGAUGAUGUUGCAGAUGGAAAGUUUGGUCGAUUCGAUUCCAUUGAUCUUAAACACACCUGCCGUGAAGCAUGUCGGUGUAAACUUGUACGUUGACGACAAGGGCACUGCCAAGAACCUAUCGGUGAACAUGCGUGCAUCGGCGAUUGCCCAAGCAUGCGGGAAAAUGUUGGAAGUUCGUGGCGACGCCUUCAUCGCCCGCAUCUUCGAUAACGACGACGCUUUCGUUCGCCUUGACUUCAACUUGUCCGAACUCAACGCAGACGCGGAAUGGCUCAAGGUCGCGCAACGGCAAUCCCAGAACGUCUCCACACCCGUAUCCGCAACUACAGGGCGUCAAUGCGCAUCGCCAUCUUGCUCGUCGAAAGGCGUGCACCGAUGCUCCCGAUGCCAAUCGGAAUACUACUGCAGCCAAGCGUGCCAGAAGUCGCACUGGCGAGUGCACAAGCUGUCAUGCAUCAAGAAAGAAUAA